AAGGCCAAGUUAAUUUUUUUUUCUCAAAUGUCACUCACUCUUUCAUUUUUUUUAUGUGCCUCGUCUUUCUCUUUUCUCUGUAUUUCUGCAUCCACCACCGUGAUGAAGAAGAGCAGAUCUCGCCGGCGAGAACACUCUGAUCUUCAAGCUCUGAGAAGACCGUCGUCUUCAAGCUCUGUAUUUCUUUCUUUCUCUCAAAUUAUUUUUGUUUUUUAAUUUAAAUUAUUUUGACGAUUUUCUUAGCUAAAAUUUGGGGUUUUUGUUUGAUUCGUUUGUAGCAAAGCCAGUAUAUAUCGGUUAUACAAAGAGGGUAACCAAUGAAGAAGCGAGGUGCAGCACAAUGAAGUUCAUGGAUGUUUGAGGUUGGAGACACCAAGCUUAAAACUAUCAGGCUUCUUCUUAAUAAUAUCCAUCAGCAUCUUACUAACAGAAUCAAUUGAUGGGAUUUGCUGAAGGGAAAUGACCUGUUCACAAGGGAAAUAUUGAUCAAGAAGGAACAUGGUGAAUGGCUUCCUCCAACAUAGACACUAUGUCCAUCGUACUCUCACCAGGGACCAUACUCUGCAAGAUCUUGAACCUGUCACUGAUUCUAUGCCUUCUUUCUCUUGCUGCUACGCUUUGUGGUUCAGUGGAAACCUUCACUCCCUUGUUUUUCUUCCCACCCUUUUUCUCCUUGCUCUUGUUUUCCCUUAAGGAUGACCAUGCUGAUGAGGUGAAAACUUGUGGAGAUUGAUGCUGACUUGUCAGACUUGGCGUUCGAAACUAGUCAUGUUAUGUCACUCAUAAAUCCUGCCAACACCUACAUGUUUUAUCUAUGGCGACCGAACCACAAGCAGCCACCGAGGACGUCAAGAUCGAUCUCUUCGAAAACGAUGAUGAGUUUGAAGAGUUUGAAAUCAAUGAAGAGUGGGACGACAAGGAGGAAGGGAAAGAAGUGACUCAACAUGACGAUGUUAGCGAUGAUUUCUCUCUUCAGCUGAGGAGGGAGUUGGAGAACAAUGUUGAUAAGAAUUAAACCACUUGAUGUUACUAUUCCUUGAUAUGACGCAUGCGUUGAUAUGACUUGGGUGUUUGAGCUUUAGAUGUUUUCUUGCCUGCAAAACAAAUGAAAAAUAUGCCUUGUUAGUAAGGAAGUGUAAGACAGUAAGAACAUAACAUAAGGACAUAAUUCUUCUAUUCUUUCUUAAAUAGCAUCUGGAUAGAAGUUAUUGAGUGCUUGUAAUUGAACUGAAUUCUUUCUAA